GUGUUGAACAGCGGCACCGACAGAGAUUGCUCUUUUCAGCUGGAAAUUCACGGUGCACUUCCGAAAAAGCAGGACGAAGCUAUGGCCCUCCAAGUGGAACCGGGUCCUGUGUCGUUCGAAAAUUCUCCUGCUGCUCUGCAUCCAGAAUGGGGCAGCAUCUGCCGUGUGUGUUUGAGGGAGAACGAGGAACUGUACUCCCUCUUCGAUCAGCCCCAAGAAACGGGUCACUUUACGUACGCGGAGAUCGUGAUGCAAUUUUCAAACAUGAUCAUCAGCCAGGACGACAAUCUGCCUUCCCAAAUCUGUGAAGGAUGUAUCAACGAACUGAUGACGGCCUACAGGUUUUGCCUGAAAUGUGAUAACACGAACGAAAUUCUUCAAUCAUAUCUUACCAACGAGCCGCAAGCUGUCGCGAAUGAACAGAUGCCCGGGGAACAAAAUCAUCCCGCAGGAAUUUCAGUUCAGUUGAAUUCCGGAGUGUCUUACACUUAUAAACCACCAAAUGGCCUCAACGUAACGUUGAUCUCGCGCCGAGAGCAGCAGCAUAAAGAAGUGCCGGUUGAGACUGCGUCCGACAAACUAGAGUCGUUAUCGGACAAAGAUGAAGCUUUUCUGAACGAAUCCGAAAUGGAUACCGUUGAGUACGUUUACGAAAAGUUGUCCGAUGUUCAAGAGGAUGCCAAUGCAAUCGAAUUGCCUCAGGCCAGUAGCAGUGGUGAGGUGGAACAGGAUAACACCGAGGGCAUUACGGAUCAAGGUGGUGCGACACCGCUCUACGAUCCGAUGCGCACGAUUCAAUCGAUCCGCAAAAGCAACCGCCCGGAUGAGGGCAUACCAACGAUCGAUACGGUCACAACACAGCCGGCCGCCGAUGGCAGCGGAUUCGAGACGGUGAUCCGGUUGAAACGGAACCUUCCGGUCGCCAAACCGACACACAAGUGCAAAAUCUGCAACAAAACCUACAAGUACAAACACGUCCUAGAGACGCAUCUGCGGCGCCAUCGAGGUGAGCGGCCGUACAAGUGUGAGCACUGUGAUAAGGCGUUCGUUGUACCGUUCGAGUUACGGCGGCACGUUCGUACCCAUACUGGUCAAAAGCCGUACAAUUGCCAGUUCUGUGGGCGAUCGUACAGUGAUUUUAGUAGCAAAAUAAAGCACGAACGUACACACACCGGUGAAAGACCGUAUCGUUGCCAGUAUUGCCGGAAAUCGUUCUCUUACUCUCAUGUACUUAACAACCACAUGCUGAUUCACACGGGAGUGAAAAAAUAUACGUGUUCAAUAUGCGGCAAGCAUUGUUCCAAAUCCAAUCAUCUGAAGACACACAUGAACACACAUCUAGCAGCCGGUGUACUGACGAACAGAAAGGACCGCAAAGUAAUUCCCAGCGUAGCGCCGCCUACUGUUAUUGAGACGACCUCGUCACUGGACGAGAUGCUGGGCAAGAGUACCGGCGAAGCAACCCCGAACAAACCGUCCAAUCAGCAAUCCACAGUCAUGCUUUUGAAUACCACCGAGCGAUCGUUGGUGGAAUCAUACGUUGAUGCGUCACAGCUAAGUACAUGGACGACGGUUUGCGGUGAAGGUCUCGGAGAAAUUGAAACAGCGAACCAACCGACGGUGGUGACGAUCGGCGGCGAGGAACUAGGAAAUGUGUCGAUCGUCAGCUUCAGUGAUUAUAUGAUGAAAAAUGGUGAAUUAGAAGAACUGAUCGAUGAAUCAAGUGUACAACUCGCGAUGUAGCGCGAGUUGGAAGAAGGACGAACCAGUUGAUGUUAGAUCUCGCAUCAUCGGCGAUGCGCCGGUAAUAAAAGAAGACCGUUUUUUGU